CCAACCAGUCCAAAAAUCCGUGGACUUUCACCAUAUAUAAACAACUCUCCCAGACUUAUUUCAUCACACGCAAUUCAAACUAACCAAUCUCGAUCAAUUCGCCAUCCUCACGCAACACCAUGACCCCUUCUGAUCUCACCGCGCCUCGACACCUAGUUUUUGCACUGGUUUUAUCGAUUGGAUUGGUUUGCGUCGCGGUAGCCAAUGCCGGCGAUGUUCAAGGAGAGUUGCUGCUGAGAGGAGUUGCCGCGCAGAGGGAGUUCGAUUACUUCAAGCUCGCUCUCCAGUGGCCGGGCACCUACUGCCGCAAAACUAGUAAAUGCUGUGCCCAAAAUGGCUGCUGCCGGGGGUCAAAUGGACCCACGGGGUUUACAAUACAUGGACUUUGGGCUGAUUACAAUGAUGGAUCUUGGCCUUCGUGUUGCUCGGGUAAAAAAUUUGAUGCUAAAGAGAUUUCAACAUUGCGUGAGGCACUGUAUAAGUAUUGGCCAACUUUAAGCUGCGGUAAAUCAGCGAACUGCCAUGGUGGAAAAGGAUUAUUUUGGGAACAUGAGUGGGAAAAACAUGGAACAUGUGCUGCUUCAGUAACAGGAGAUGAAUACAAUUACUUUGUGACAACUCUUAAUUUGUACUUCAAGUAUAACGUCACGGAAAUUCUGGCAAAAGAAGGAUAUGUAGCAUCUAAUUCUGAAAAAUAUCCGAUUGGAGGCAUUAUUUCAGCCAUUCAAAAUUCUUUCCAGGCAACUCCAGAAGUUGAAUGCUCAAGUGGUGCUUUGGAGGAACUGUACUUAUGCUUCGAUAAGACUUUUAAGCCUCGUGAUUGUGUGAUUGGAACCACCGCAAACAGCGGCACACUUACUGCAUCGAAAUGCCCCACCUAUGUCUCCUUGCCGGAUCUUGCCUCGUCAAAUCUUGAACGCAGCCGUGCAUAUCCCACUCUGAAAUCAUCCAUCUGAACGAGGUGAGGAUGAGGAGACGCGACUCAUCUUGCUACGCCUAUCAGGCAAUAAAAAUUUCCAGGAAAUUCAUCUGCAGUUAAAACCUGUUUACAUGGAGUAUGUAUUAUGUUUAACUUAAGAUGUGUAUCAUGCCAUAUUAUACUGUACGGAGACGUGAGAUAUGAAUUUCCUGGUGUAGAGAAAUGAAGCAAAUUUAAGUUUGUUUAAA